AUGAAGCAAUGUCAUUCUACUCUGAUUGGAAUUUAUACUGUUCAGUCUGUUAUGAAAAAAGUUGGUGGAUUUAGAGACAUGGAUUCAUUGAAUCAGACACUAAUGAAAGGUGAUGAUUUAAUAAGAAAUGGAUUUGGAAGCUCAGAAUCUGAAGAAAACAGUGUGUCAUGUGAAAUGGAGUUGCCAGAAUCCGAAACCUCAGAACCCAUCUGCAAGAAACGUUGCGUGGAUGCAUUACUACAUAGUGACAUUGAACGAAUGCGAAGAGAACGCAUUAAAGAUUGCUGUGACCAGUUACGAAUGCUUCUGCCUUAUGUAAAAGGUAGACGAACUGAUGUGGCAUCCAUUCUGGAGAUGACUGUGGAAUAUAUGAGAUACAUUUACAGUAGAAUACCAAGCAAUGUUAUAUCACAGAUUAUUGAAAUCUUUCAGACAAAUACAAGAUAUUGUAAGUAUGUAUGGAAACCAAAUGAUGGUAAACAUUCUCAAAAUCAGUUGCCACCAAGGAUCGGUUUAAUACCGCGGAAGAGCAUCUUCAUGGAUGAUUCUUCAGAAAAUGUAAAACUAGAUGCUCAGUUUGCUCUGUACCAAUAUACGGAAAAUGAAUAUUUCAAAAAUCACAACACAGUUGGUAUGGAUACUUUCUAA